AUGUCGAGUCGAACAGAGCUGUGGAAAGCGGUGAGGUUCACGAAUGGAAGUGCGCAAAACAUGUACGAGACCCUUGUUUCUGUUGCGCGCUCUUCCGAUUCAGACGCGCGGGGCCAAGGCAUAGAACGACCGGGUAUGCUUAGCGCGAUAUACGAAAAGUUCCCGAGCGCUGCCGGGCCGGCGACGGAGGUGCUCGUGCGAGCGUUGGAGACCGAGAAAGAGAUGGAUUCGGCGACGAUAGAUCGGAUACAGAAGCUGCUGGUCGACAAGGAGAGUAGUGCGCCGGAGGACGAGAUUGACAUUCACCGGACGUCUGUUGCGCAGACUGCGAUCCUGCUGAGCUCAGUGCUGACGUUUGAGUAUGCAAAGGAGAAGAUCUUGAAGGACCGGGAGGUGGUUGGCGUGAUGGGCCAUUCGCUGGGCCAGAUCACGGCGCUGGUGGCAGCGGGAGUUAUCUCGCUGCUGGACGGGAUCAGGAUUGUGCGCGAGCGCGGGCUGGCGAUGGAGGAGGCGGCGGGCGACGGGGGACCGCUGGGGACGCUGCGGGGGUCUACAGGGAUGGGGAUGAUUGCGGUUCCGGUGCUGUCUAAGAAGACGAGCGUGGAGGAGAUUAUAAGGGCGAUUGAGGCUACGGCGAAGGAGACGACCUCGGAUGGUGAGGUGGUUAAUGUCGCGAAUAUAAACUCGCGCAAGCAGGUUGUGAUUAGCGGGCAUGUCGAGGCGAUGGAGCGCGUGCUGGCGCGGCUGCAGCCCGCGGUGCGGAGGAGCACGCGGCUGGCGGUGCGGAUCCCGUUUCACUCGGAGGUGCUGCGGUCGGUGGAGGGGCGCAUGCGGGCGAUAGUGGAGGAGGUGGAGUUUGCGUGGCCGUCGCCGGUGUUUGGGUCGGGGGUGAAGAUAGUGCGGAACGACAGCGCGCGGGCGAUGGGGAGCGCGGAGGAGGCGCGGGAGAGCAUAGUGAAGGGAUGCUGGGCGCCGGUGGACUGGCUGGGGAGCGUGGAGUAUAUGGAGAAGGAGUGCGCGGGCGGAGGGAGCGGUCUGGAUUGGAUCGGAGUCGGGCCCGGAAGCUCGGUGACAGCAGGGCUGGUGAAGGGGACGGUGGAGCAGGCGCAGGAGGAGGAGCGGGUGGCGUAUGUCGACCCGCAGAAGGGCGGGGACGGGUGGGAGUCGGUCUGA